AGUACUCCAUUUAAGAAAAAAAGAAAUACGGAGUAAUACGGAGUAAAAAUUUACAAAAUAUGCGCCGCUGCAACCGCUUCCACUAGAUUAUCUCCCUUCUGGCUUUCCUCUCACGCUCGAUCUUACUCCCCUUCCAUGGCUGAGCUUCAGCCGUCAGAUGUUCCAACCAUCGCCGCCGCAUCGGCAGCCGCCGCUUCUACUUCUACAACUCCAGUUCCCCUUCCAGUUGAAGCCGCCGCUGCGAACAACGUCGCCGCCGGCAAUAGUUUCGGCCAAGGGUUAGCUUCGAAGCGCCAGCGCCGGCCCAGCGUAAGGCUAGGAGAGAUCGGCGAGUCCUCUUACGACGCCCACCCUCGAAGAGGCCCCAAGUCAUCGUGGCGCUUCCACAAGGACCCGUCUCUUGCGGCCAAGACCUCCAAGAUCCGGCCUCUAACCAACCUCGUAAACGGCGCCGCCGCCGCCUCCGCCGCUACUGGGGAUAACUACGAAGACUCUAACAUCAACGAAGUGAACAAUUUCGGGUUCGAUUUGGGGAACCGGAAGCCCAAGACAAAGAGGCCCACAAAGAGGGUUAGAACGAAUUGGACUGUCUCGUCUUCAAAAUUCGAUUCCAUCAACGGAGGAAUUGAAGGAGAGAGCUUCUACAGAGAGGAGAAAGAUAACGAUGAUUUUAGGGAUUUCGAGCAGGAGGGGUCGGAGAGUCCAUUGAAAGAGCAGAGCCCUGUUAACUCUAUGGAGAAUAUGGGUCUUCAGUAUUGGGACAGGAGGGCAAAUCAGGCAAGACUUUCAGAGAGCAGAGAUAAUGACAAUCUCAACAAUGGAGGAAUUCAAAACGAAAUGGUUUCUCAGGGCAGGAGUUCUGGAGUCAGAGACUGGUUGAUUGAGCUGGGCCUGGGCAGAUAUUCCCCAGUUUUCGACAUACAUGAGGUAGAUGAUGAGGUGCUUCCAUUGUUAACUUUGGAGGAUCUCAAGGACAUGGGGAUUAAUGCUGUUGGAUCCCGGCGGAAGAUGUACAAUGCCAUUCUCAAGCUCAGGAAAGGAUUUUCGUGAGUUCCAAACUCUAAGGGUUGGUUCUUUCUUCUCCUAAUUUUGUCAAUCGGUCUUGUGGUUUUUCUUCCCUGAUGUUGUUAACCUGAAUAAUGGUAAAAAAAAAUGCAACCUAGUUUUGGAGUUAGAUUGACUUCUCAUUGUUUUCUUCUGCUUUGGGUACUUGAAAAUUGUUAACAUGUAAUCUUUGAUGCACAUAUUCAAGUGACAAGAAAUGGAAAAGCCUCGU